CCUAUUUAUAAACAAAGGGAUUGCGUUCUCUAACUGUGAGAUCCAAUGCAAAUGUCAGGUGGCUACACCAAUCAGAUGACCAUAUUCCAACAAAAGAUGAACAGACUACCGGAACGCCAUAGGUCUGCUACAACAGAUGCGAAACCGCUUGGAGAGCCACUGAAGUUCAAAUUAUCAGGCAAGACUGCCCAAAAUUUGUUCCUGAAGGCUGCUAUGACCGAACAGCUGUCGUCCUGGGACACAAAGGAUUUACCGGCACGUGGAAUACAGUUAGACCGUAUGGCAAAGAUGUACCGCAAGUGGGGCGUGGGAAGCUACAGAGUCAGUUUGACAGGAAAUAUCUUUCUCUGGAGAUUGGUUCGAGGUUUCCAAAAGAUUGUGACAGAAGCUAAGAGACAUGGUAGUUUGAUCAUCGGCCAAACCUGCCAUCCCGGCCGGCAGUGCGACAACAGUGUCCAGCCAGAUCCUGUUUCGGUUUCUGAUGUGCAGAUGACGGUAAUGUAA